AUGGAAGCAUUUGGUGAGGAUAGCAUCUUUUCGGUUAGUUUUGCAGGUUGGACAAGUAAAACAGGUACAACAGACGUCAGUAAGCACAAACCUGAAGCCUCUGGUGCCGGAAUGAAACUCGUUCAAAAGCGGAAGCCUUUUCUUGCACCGAAACCUGGGCCUCCUUCAAUUGACUUUGGUAUUUCUGCACGGUAA